AUGAUGGAUUUACAUCCAAUAUUAAAAGUAGGCAUUCCCAGAAAUAUUAUUCAACUUCCUAAUUUAAAAUUCUUCGAAAUCGAUUUUAUGGUAAGAGGUAAAACGCUUCUUAAUAUUCCUUUUAAUAUUGGUGAUAAGAGUGAUUUAAAUGACUUAAACCGAUUUGCUAUUAAAUUGGGUAAACCUCGAAAUUUAAAUAAAGUUAUAGAAAGUUUGCCGAUACAAAUUUCUACUAUGAUAUUUAAUUCAAUGGUAGUUGACAAUCAUUUAGAUCAUUUUAGUAAUCUAACAUAUAUAUCACUUGAAAUGGUAGAAUUAAAAUCAAUCAAAUAUUUGCCCAAAUCCCUACAACAUUUUAAAAUGAUUUCCAGUAGAUUCAAAGGGGGGUUAGAUCGUUUUUCUUGGCCACCCAAUAUGGAUACGAUUUACAUUGAAGGAACGCCUAUGAAUGAUGCUGAUUUAGUAAAACUAUCUCAGUGGCCAAAUUAUUUAACCAGCUUAGCUUUAAUUGGAACUGGAUUCGAAAAGUAUGCCAGUUUGGGUAUUUUACCUCCAAAUUUGGUAUAUCUAAACGUAACUGGAAAAUCAAAUAAGAUUGAUCCUUUGAUUAACGAUCAAGGGCAUUAUUCGUUUCCAGAAUCAAUAAAACAUUUGAAAAUAUCUGGUGUUAAUUUCUUUGAUUACCCUGAUUGUGAAAUUCAAUUUUCUCCAAGGCUAGAUACAUUGCAAAUAUCAAAAUGUUUUGAAACUUUAAAAUGGCAAACUUUUCCGACUUCAUUGACACAUUUGCAUUAUUGCCCUGUAAGUGGUAAAGAUAAUUUGCUUGAAUAUAAUAAUGCUUUCUUAAAUAAACAUUGGCAACAAUUAAUUAAUUUGACACAUUUAAGAUUGGAGAAGGUGGGUCAUUCUGAGUUAUCCGAUUGGUUACCACCUAAAAAUUUGAAAUAUUUAGAUGUAAGUGAUACAAUAAUUAGGAGUUUGGAUAUGGCAAUGUUUAAGGAGGAGAACAUGCAAUAUACUAUGAAUUUACGUAAAUUAGACUUUUCUUAUUCUGCAAUAAGAAGUAUUCCUUCAGAAUUUUACUUACCUGAAAAUAUGUAUCGGUUUAUUCUAACAGGAGAUUCAAUUGACUUAAAUCUUUUCCCUAUGAUACUUAGACAUAAGGUCUUAAACAGGAUACGCAAAACGAAAGGAAGAUAUUUUUAG